GCCCGGGUGGCUGGCGCCGGACGCCGCGGGGAGGGCAGCGAGCCCCCAGGUACCUAUUACACCAUUCUUUGGCGAAGGUUAUUCAGCAGUUGUGACCUCUCCCAAUCGAACACUCUACAAAUUAUCAUCUCCAGACUCCCAGCUGACACCCUGCCGGAGGCAAGAGCUACUAAGCCAACUGGAACUGUGCGUUUUCUCUUGUCAAGGUUUUUUUCUUACACAGGAAAAAGAAAGAAAAAAAAAGAUGAAGUUGGGCAAAGUGGAGUUGUGCCGUUUUCUGCAGCUAAUCGCUCUUUUCCUGUGUUUCUCGGGGACGAGUCAAGCAGAACUCUCCAGGUCCAGAUCAAAGCCCUAUUUCCAAUCAGGGAGGUCCCGGACCAAGCGCAGCUGGGUGUGGAAUCAGUUCUUUGUGCUGGAGGAGUACAUGGGUUCAGACCCCCUCUAUGUAGGAAAGCUUCACUCUGAUGUUGAUAAAGGAGAUGGUUCCAUCAAAUACAUCUUGUCAGGCGAAGGGGCAAGUUCCAUUUUCAUUAUUGAUGAGAACACUGGCGAUAUUCACGCCACCAAGAGGCUGGACCGCGAGGAGCAGGCCUACUACACCCUGCGAGCCCAAGCGCUGGACCGCCUCACCAACAGGCCUGUGGAACCCGAGUCCGAGUUUGUCAUCAAGAUUCAGGACAUCAAUGACAAUGAACCCAAAUUCCUGGAUGGCCCGUAUACUGCAGGAGUUCCCGAAAUGUCUCCUGUGGGGACCUCAGUGGUACAAGUGACAGCAACGGAUGCUGAUGAUCCUACCUAUGGCAACAGCGCCCGAGUGGUCUACAGCAUCCUGCAAGGACAGCCGUACUUCUCAGUGGAGCCGAAGACAGGAGUCAUCAAGACCGCCCUUCCAAACAUGGAUAGAGAGGCUAAAGACCAGUAUUUGCUUGUUAUUCAGGCAAAGGAUAUGGUUGGUCAAAACGGAGGACUUUCUGGAACCACGUCCGUCACUGUGACUCUAACUGAUGUCAACGAUAACCCACCUCGCUUUCCUCGAAGGUCAUACCAGUAUAACGUCCCAGAAUCAUUGCCGGUGGCCUCCGUCGUGGCCAGACUUAAAGCUGCUGAUGCAGAUGUAGGCGCUAAUGCUGAGAUGGAAUACAGAAUCGUGGACGGCGAUGGAUUAGGGAUUUUCAAGAUUGCUGUUGACAGAGAUACACAGGAAGGAAUCAUUACGAUACAGAAGGACUUGGAUUUUGAAGCCAAAACAAGUUACACACUACGGAUAGAAGCUGCAAACAAAGAUGCCGACCCUCGCUUUCUAAGCUUGGGACCUUUCAGCGACACAACGACCGUGAAGAUAAUUGUGGAAGACGUGGACGAGCCCCCUGUGUUUUCCUCACCCCUGUACCCCAUGGAGGUGUCGGAAGCUACCCAAGUUGGCAAUAUCAUUGGGACUGUAGCAGCUCACGACCCAGAUUCUUCCAACAGCCCUGUGAGGUAUUCAAUUGACAGAAACACAGACUUGGAGAGAUACUUCAAUAUUGAUGCCAACAGUGGAGUUAUUACAACUGCCAAAUCUCUGGAUCGAGAGACAAAUGCUGUUCAUAAUAUCACAGUCCUUGCAAUGGAGAGCCAGAAUCCAUCUCAAGUAGGAAGAGGCUAUGUGGCCAUCACGAUACUUGACAUCAAUGACAACGCCCCUGAAUUUGCCAUGGAAUAUGAGACCACCGUUUGUGAAAAUGCCCAGCCAGGCCAGGUUAUCCAGAAAAUCAGUGCUGUCGAUAAAGACGAGCCAUCCAAUGGACACCAGUUUUAUUUCAGCUUAACAACUGAUGCAACAAACAACCACAACUUUUCACUGAAAGAUAACAAAGACAACACAGCCUCAGUUCUCACAAGAAGAAAUGGCUUCCGGAGACAAGAGCAGUCUGUUUAUUAUCUGCCAAUCUUCAUCGUGGACAGUGGAUCACCUUCACUCAGCAGCACCAACACCCUUACCAUCCGCGUCUGUGACUGUGAUGCAGACGGAGUAGCCCAGACCUGCAACGCCGAGGCCUAUGUCCUGCCUGCCGGCCUCAGCACAGGAGCCCUCAUCGCAAUACUGGCCUGUGUCCUGACGUUACUGGGUAGGUACUGUUUGCAAUGCUUGCACUGUAAGAGCAGUCAAAACCACCGUAGGUCAGAACUUCUCUCUUCUCUACUCUUUUUCAUACCUUUUGAGAACAUAUGCAGAUAUUCUAAUCCAUGGUAUUUGGCUCACAGAUCAAUCCAUGAUCAUCGGCCACACUCGCCAGUAGUGUAUUUAAAAUAUAACUCAGGAAAAUUAUCAAUUUUUUUUAAACAACAGUGAAGAUAAAUGGCUUCUGUUUAAAAUUGAAUUUUUUCAAGAUUUUUAAAACAUUUACCGUAUACCCCAGCUGUUUGCUUUAGAAUACAGGGAGCUAUAUUAGACUAGAGAGAAUAUUUUUAUGCUUAUUUUAGAAAUGAUGACCUUCGGUGGACUCUGUAAUAUUUAAUUCCUUAAGACAUGA